CGGCAUGGUUGGUAGGUCAUCCCUCCACACCUCCCUAGCUCUACAAAUACAAAUACUCCUCUCGCCGACUCCCCAGGCAGCAGACCUCCAUACAUUAUCUCUCGACUCGACUCGGCUGGAGUCGAUCAGAGUUUUCAGACCAGAUCUUGGUGUUGCCAGCUUGCUUUGUCAACGGAUCGAUCGAUCAGCAGAUUUGCAGCGCAGCGGCAGCUUUGCAUGGUGCAGCGAUCAUGACGAGGCCGUCCAAGAAGCAGCAGCAGCAGCAGCGGUCGAUGUGGAGGAUACUCUUCAGCGGCUGCCUGGGAGGCGGCGGUGCGGCCGACCGGAGCGGCAGGGUCCGUCCCGGCCCGAGGACGAAGCACGUGCCAGCUGACGAACGAGGCGCCGGUUCGUCUCCGGCAGGGCUGCUGCAGCAGCGCCUGUCGCUGACGGAGGUGAUGAGCACGGCGUCGGACCAGGACCUGUCGGUGUCGCUGGUGGGGUCGAACCUGCACGUGUUCACCGUCGGCGAGCUGAAGGCGGCCACGCAGGGGUUCCUGGACAGCAACUUCCUGGGGGAGGGCGGGUUCGGGCCCGUGUACAAGGGCGCCGUCGCCGAGGGGGCCAAGCCGGGGCUGAAGGCGCAGCAGAUCGCCGUCAAGCUCUGGGACCCCGAGGGCACGCAGGGGCACAAGGAAUGGCUGUCGGAGGUGAUCUUCCUCGGGCAGCUGCGGCACCCGAACCUGGUGAAGCUGGUGGGCUACUGCAGCGAGGAGGAGCACCGCCUGCUGGUCUACGAGUACAUGCCCAAAGGCAGCCUCGAGAACCACCUCUUCAAGAAGUUCCCGCCCGUUUUGUCGUGGUCAACGCGGCUGAACAUCGCGGUGGGCGCCGCCAAGGGGCUGGCCUUCCUUCACGACGCGGAGAAGCCCGUCAUCUACCGCGACUUCAAGGCAUCCAACAUCCUGCUCGAUCCGGGGUCUACGCUAAAGAUGGCUGCUAACAUGCAGUUGCUCUCAUGCAUGGAUGUCCAGGACUACAAGGCGAAGCUCUCGGACUUUGGGCUCGCCAAGGACGGGCCAGAGGGAGAUGAAACCCACGUCUCCACCCGUGUGAUGGGCACCCAUGGGUAUGCCGCCCCGGAGUACAUCCUCACAGGUCACCUCACCGCCAAGAGUGACGUCUACAGCUUCGGCGUCGUCCUCCUGGAGAUCCUCUCCGGGAGGCGGGCGGUGGACAAGACUCGGCCCAGCAGGGAGCGACACCUGGUGGAACACAUGCGGUCAUGGCUCAAGGACCCGCAAAAACUGGGGCGGGUGAUGGACCCGACCAUGGAGGGCCAGUACUCCGCCAGGGCGGCCCAUAAGGCGGCCCUAGUGGCGUACCAAUGCCUGAGUGGCAGCCCAAAGAGCAGGCCCGAUAUGUCCAAAGUCGUUCAGGAUCUAGAGCUGCUCCUCCUCGACGUCACCGGCGACGUGCCCAGCGAGCCGUUAAUGUACGUGGCAGCACAAGAGGACACAAAGGAGAGAAGACAUGGCGAGAGAGACAGGAGCAAGGGGAAUGGCAAUGGCCAUAGAAGGCAUACCAAAGCGGCCAGGUCUCCAAAGAGGACCAUCAGAGCCCAAAGUGAGGAGUUUUGGGAGUGGCAGAUGCCUGGACAAGGAAAAGUGUAGGGUAAAACGUACGUAGGUCGUUAGGUGAUCUUCUCUGCCUUUGUUACGGGGUUCAGGAUUCCACCCCUCUUGUAAUUUCUUGUUUCUUUUGGUUGCUAACUUGCUAUAGGCUUGGG